AUGGACGUGUACCCAAUCUCUUGCCACACCGGAGAGGGUGUGAAGGCUGUGUCUCAACUUCUGGAGCAAAACAACACACCUGCUGAGCACUAUGUCGUGGGAGCUGCCAAUGCUGGAAAAUCCUCGCUACUUAACCGCUUGGCUCUUCGUAAGCGCCGUGGAGUGGGCCGAGUAGCUGCCGAGGAUCAGAGAGGGUUCGUUGUCAGCGUGCUACCCGGGACCACACUCCGCCCGAUCUCAAUGAAGUUCCAGCUGGGCAACACGAAGCUCGUUGAUAUGCCUGGCCUGCUGGUUCCUGGAAGCAUGGCCGAACGCUUAACUCUGGAGGAUCUGAAGAUAAUUACACCACAGACAAAAGAAGCACUUCGCCUUACAUUUCACAUGGACGAAGGGCGAACACUGCUUCUGGGAGCCCUGGCCCGGAUCGAUUUCGUCAAGGGCAGGCCCUUUCAGUUUACCGUGUUCAUUUCAGAGAGAGUCAAGCUGCAUCGGACCCGCAUUGAAAAGGCAGCGCGGAUUUGCAAGCAGUGGGCGGGAAACGAGUUGACACCUCCUGUCGAUCCUCGGCGGUACGACAACUUGCUGCCCUUUGAAUCUCAGCAGUUUUCGCUGACUGGCACAGGAUGGGACGAAGCAUGCGCUGACAUUGUUUUUCCUGGAUUGGGCUGGGUCGCAAUAACUGGUUGCGGCGAAUGUGUGGUUGAAGCACACGCCCCAGCCGGAGUCCACGUCACUAUGCGAGAACCCCUGAUGCCCCACGAGGCGCGGUGGACUGGCGUCAAGUACCGAGGCUUCCCAGGAUGGUACAAAAUCAAUGGUCGGUCGACCAGGGGUUUUGAUUCCGGCCGAGCAGGAAGAGCUCGAGCCAGAAAGUAUAUCAAGGGCCGAUUUUGA